CGGCCGCCGUAUCUUAGCCUCACUCCCGCCGCCUCAAUCCAACGCCCCCCCUGCCCCUCGACACCCCCCAAUCGUCCCGUCUCUCACGCGCGUCGCCGCCGUCGCCGUUCCCGUUGAUCCUCGUCGGGACAUCGCGCUGGUGCUGUCUCACCCCGUCCGCGGUCUCUAGCCAUUUAGUUUUGAGAGUUUGAUGCACACGGCAAUUGUUCCCGUUAGAAAAAUUGUUGAAUCCGUGGAGAGACAGAGACUAAAUAGUGUGUUCGUGUUUCUAAAGUAAACUAAAGUAAGUCGAGAUAUCAGAAAUAUGAUUGGAAGAAUCAACAAACCUUGAAAUAUUAUUACUAGCCGAGCCGUCAAGAUCUAAGGUCACAGAAAGAUGAUGAACCCUUAUGGAUUCUCGGUGUAUAUUGCAUCCACUAUUGCCAACGCCGUGUCAUCAUUGGCAUUGUGGAUGGGUCCUGUCCUGUUGAUGGUAAAGGAAAUUUUAUCCCCUAUGUUAGGUUUUAGCUUAUUUCUUAAGGCUAAACCACACUGCCCAUUAUUCCUCACCUCACUAAACGAGCUGCCAGAUGAUGUCCUCCUCGAGAUAUUUCUUUCCCUUCCAGCACACCCAACCUGUUUGGUACGCACAUCCCUCGUCUGCAAGCGAUGGCGCAGCCUCAUCCAAGACCGCCAAUUCGUCUGCCGCUUUCGCAAGCUCCAUCAGAAACUUCCUGUGCUUGGCUUCUUCAGCAACUCCACUAGAAUCCCCCGUUUUAUCCCCACUGGGGACCCUCCUAAUUCUGUCGCAACAGCAGCUUUCUCCCUACCUGAUUCCUGCUGGAAUGUCCUUGGCUGCCGCCACAGCCUUGUUCUCCUUGUCAGCUCAACUUGGAAUCAGCUCCAAGUGUGGAACCCCAUGACUGGUAGCCGGAAAUAUGUACCAGUUAAUCCUGAUGCGGAUAGUCGUUUUAAUUAUGGUAUCGUUCCUGAGAGCCAGGCUACAGUGGUCUGUGCAGCCGGCCACAAGGACACUGGUGACUGCCACUCUUGCCCUUUCCUCAUAGUGUGGGUGUUUACCUGCACACGCUAUGCCUAUGCCUCGAGAUACUCGUCAGAGAUUGGAAGCUGGCACCAGUUGGUGUCUUCACCAACACCAUCCGAGGUUGAUUCAAGGCCUAGCAUCCUUAUUGAGAACAUCUUAUAUUGGCCGCUCAAGUCAAAGUAUAUCCUUGCCUUUGAGUUGGCUACGUCUAAAUUGUACCAUAUCGAGUGUCCACCAGAAACACAUAGUGUAUUCAGAAGGAAUGUCCACAUCAUGAAGGCAGAGGAUGGUGGGCUAGGCCUUGCUGCCUUGACGGAGUUCAACCUGCGCCUAUGGGCGCGGGAGACAGAUGCUGCGGGUGUUACGGAAUGGGUGCUGCGCAGGACCAUUCAGUUGGAUGCAUUGCUUCCACUGAAAGUGUCAUCGGCGCCACCGGUAGAUAAUCAUUCGGCUGGUGGGCGUCCGGCCAGGAUACUGGGCCUCGUUGAGGAUGAUGAUUUGUUUUUCAUAUGGACGAGAAUCGGUGUCUUUGAAGUCCAGCUCAAGUCGAUGCAGUGCAAGAAAGUCUUCGAGACUGAUGUGUCUGCAACUGUCUUACCCUACACUGGCUUUUAUUCCACAGGUACUGUGGACAGGCCCCGUGAAAGUAUUGGAGACGUUGAUGAUAUCUAGAUCUUCUGAAUUCCUUUAGACAAACAUGAUGGCUGCACAGGGCAGGUGCUAGCAGGUUGUAAUUUUGUCCCUUUUCUUGUGUGGAGAAGACACCCGGAGCUGUCUGCUUAAUUAGAAGAAGGCACACUGUGUUUGUUGCCACUAUCGAAUAUCCUGAACACUUUCUUAGCUCGUUCCUAUCAAUAUUGCUAUGGUCAUUUUGGAGCUCA